GGCGGUAGAUUGGCAGACUCGAUCGCGUGCGCAGUGCUGAGUUGAUAUAAGAGAGCGCAAUCGGUAGGUAGGUUGUUGCGUGCUCAUCUUCUUUGCUCCUCAUCUCUCAAUCCGCCCGUCAUGGCACAGUUCGAGGGAAAGUAUGACGUUCCAUACAGCAGCGGCAGCGGCAGCGGUGCCGCCAGCGAAAUUGGUUUCAAUGCAGAGCGUGACUGGCAGCCUGAGGAGGAAGCCAAAGCGAAGAGAAAGCUCGACUUGCUCAUCAUGCCCUUGUUGACGCUCGGAUUCUUUUGCCUGCAGCUUGACCGCGGCAACAUUGCCAACGCAAUCACAAACGACUUCAUGGAAGACAUCGGCGUCACUCAGAAUCAGUUCAACGUCGGCCAGCAAAUGCUUUCCUUGGGCAUUGUCCUUUUCGAGAUUCCGUCCAACAUGGUCCUCUACCGCGUUGGCCCCGGCAAGUGGCUGACAUUGCAACUCUUCCUCUUCGGCACCGUCAGCACUUUCCAAGCCUUCCAGAACAGCUACGGCUCCUUCAUCGCCACGAGAUUCCUGCUCGGUAUCACCGAAAGCGGCUUCAUCCCCGGCGGAUUGUGGACGCUUUCCACCUGGUACACCCGCCGCGAGACCGCCAAACGCGUGAUGAUCUUCUACUUCGGCAACCAGUUCGGCCAGGCUUCUGCUAAGCUUCUGGCGUACGGUAUUCUGCACAUGGAUGGCGCAGGCGGCAAGCCUGGCUGGUUCUGGCUGUUCGUCUUGAUGGGUGUCUUCACCAUUCUGUGUGGCGUCGUGCUCGGCUUUUUUCUCCCUGACUCGUUCAAGAACCCGCAUCCCACUUUUGCACCUAAGUGGGACCUCUUUACUGAGCGAGAGCUCUACAUCUUGAACCGACGCAUUCUGCUCGACGAUCCGGCUAAAGGACAGAAGAAGAAGAGAAUUGGAUUGCCUGCGUUUAAGAAAGCGUUCAGCAACUGGAGAAUGUGGGUACAUCUUCUCAUCACCAUGUGCAACAACGGCCCCCAAAGAGGCUUCGACACCUACGCCCCCUCUCUCGUCAAAGAAUUCGGCUUCGGCUCCCUCACCUCCAACGCCCUGGCGUCCGUCGGUCUCUUCAUCCAAAUCCCCGUCUCCUUCGCCUUCAGCUACAUCUCCGACCACUUCAACAAGCGCGGCGAGACGGUCAUCGCCGGCUUGAGCAUGGCGACGCUCGCCUACGUGCUCAACCGCAUCUUCACCGAGAUCCCCAAUCGAGGCCUUCGAUACUUCGGCGUCAUUUGGACGCAGACGUUCGGCACGUUCUCGCAUCCGCUGAACAUUACUUGGAUGUCGCUCACUUGUACCGACUCGGAGGAGCGGGCGCUUGCCAUGGCAAUGGUCAUCAUGGGCGCCAACUCCGCCGGUAUCUACGGCGCGCAACUCUACCGCGAAGACGACGAACCCCGCUACCGCCGCGCCUUCACAAUCUGCAUCGCCGUCCUAAGUCUCGGCGUGACUCUCGCCGCCAUCCGCAAAAUCGACGAGAUCAUCACCCGCCGCCGAAACGAGGCGGUAGCUGCCGAUGCCGAUAGCACUGGGUACGAGCAGGUCGAGGUGUUGGGCACUGCGAAAGAGAGGGGGGCCAGCUUUUCCGAUGGCGUGGCUGGUGCGCUGCCGCAGCCGGGUCGGGUAUCGGGUGAUGUGAAGCCUGUUGUUGCGGCGGAGACGUAGCGAGGGAGAGAUGGAGGGUAUACUGACGUGAUAUGAUGGGAAGUGAGUUUGGGUACGGGAAAAUGGCUGAAGAACAUGAUU